ACCGCCGCUGCCGCUGCCGUUGCUACGCGUCCCCCGACAACGUGCACUCCCUCUUCUCCUCUCCUCUCCAAUUCGUCUCCUCCUCCUCACCACGCUUGCUUCGCCAUCCCGCCUCCGCAUCACCCGCCGCCGCCGCCGCCUCCUGCUCGUGGUCGCGGCUGCGUUGCCGGUGCUGCAGGAGGUGCUUCGGGGGGGAGAUCUCGGUGGGGUUUGCUGCUUGCUGCUUGAGGUGGUGGCAGUUGAGGAGGAGGAGGAGGUUGCUGUGGUUGGCGAGGUGGGGUGGGGCUUGGAGUAAGCGGAGGGGGAGGAGGAGGGGGGUGGGGAGGUGGUGGUCGUCGGGCAGGUGGGGAGGAUGUACGUGCCCCCGUCCCGCGGCGGCGGGGGAGGCGCGGCUGGCGGCGGCGAGCAGCCUAGGGUUUACCAAGUUUGGCGGGGAAGCAACGAGUUUUUCUUGCAAGGCCGGUUCAUUUUUGGACCAGAUGUGAGAUCUUUGUUUCUCACUAUAUUCCUCAUUCUUGCACCAGUAUUAGUCUUCUGUAUAUUUGUGGCUAGACAUCUGAUCAAUGACUUCCCUGAUCACUGGGGAGUUUCAGUUAUGGUCGUAGUGGUCGUCUUCACAAUAUAUGAUUUGACAUUGCUGCUUCUUACCUCUGGUAGAGAUCCUGGUAUAGUACCACGUAAUACUCACCCACCUGAGCCUGAAUCGAUUGAUGGAGGCAGUGAUAUGGGAAAUGGACAGACUCCACAACAACUACGUUUACCACGCACGAAGGAUGUUUUCGUUAAUGGAGUAAUUGUGAAGGUCAAAUACUGUGAUACCUGCAUGCUGUACCGGCCACCUCGAUGCUCUCACUGUUCUAUAUGUAAUAACUGUGUGGAGCGUUUUGAUCAUCACUGCCCUUGGGUUGGGCAAUGCAUUGGAAGGCGAAAUUACCGAUUCUUCUACAUGUUUGUAUUCUCAACCACAUUGCUGUGCCUCUAUGUCUUUGGCUUCUGUUGGGUGUACAUUGUUAAAAUAAGAGAUGCUGAAAAUUCAACGAUAUGGAAAGCAAUGUUAAAGACACCGGCAUCAAUUGUCCUGAUCAUCUACUGCUUUAUUUGCGUGUGGUUCGUUGGUGGUCUGUCUGUCUUUCAUUUCUACCUGAUGAGCACCAAUCAGACAACCUAUGAGAACUUUAGGUAUCGGUACGAUCGGCGGGCUAACCCAUAUAACAGAGGUAUGGUGAACAACUUUCUGGAGAUCUUCUGCACUGCAAUUCCUCCUUCCAAGAACAAUUUUCGAGCUAGGGUCCCAGUGGAUCAAGGUUUACAACAAACACGCACGCCUGCUAGGGGUUUCAUGAGCCCGAACAUGGGUAAACCAGUUGGAGAUCUUGAAUUGGGUAGGAAACCCGUAUCAUGGGAUGAGCCUCGGUCAGCAGCAGAUAUCAGAGAUUUGGAAGUUGGCCUUGGGGGUCUUUUGGAUGAGAAAGAGGGUAGAAUAGCCCAUGCAUCCCCAGAUCUUUCUCUUCCGGGUGAGCUUGUGGAAGGUAGGGCUGGUAUGCAUUCGAGACGAUCAAGUUGGGGUCACAGAAGCGGAACCUCAGAGUCGAUGGACAGCAUCGCUGUGCAAAUGGGAACCGAAGCUAACUGGGGUUCAAUCAGCAGCGGCCAUGGUACCACCAGUUCAACUCACUAGCACACAUCACUGCAUUUCUGACGCUGCAUCUGCAUCUAUUGGAUCCAUCUCAUGAAUGAAGAACCAUGUGUGUACUCUCUUCUCCUGUGCUGCUUUUCACCUUAGGAUAUAUACACAGUGCUUUCUUCCUCCCGUCCUCUGUUGUUGUUCCAUCCUGGAAUGGGCAUCUAUUGAUGCACAUCCUGUUCUAGUGUCUUUAAGCAAAAAUAACAGAAGAUCUUUAACUCAAUGCGUGGCUUGGAUUAUCUAUCUGUAUAUAUCGAGUCUGUAAGCAAGGUUGUCGUGUUUGGUUUGGUUUGGUUUUCGACGUUCUGUAACUGUACCAUGCUGCUCGACUCUUACUCAAGAAAUACUACUACCCAAAUCAUCCUCUUUUUCUAAUGCAAUUCUUUUUCUUCAA